ACCGAUGUUUAGAUGAAGGAGGAUGCUCAACACUAACCCGGAAGUGGGGAUAGCCGUGGAGAAAUCACCAGUUAGAUCUGCACCAAAGCCUGCCAAGAAGCCUGUGAUGAAGGGAAAGCCGACCCGCCCAAGGACGCGACGGCGAAGCCCAAGGUCGCGCGACCGUCGAUGAGGGAGCAGAUUAAAGCUGCGCGCGCUAAGAAGCAGCAGAACAGCGACGACGUCGAGAUCGUCAUGCCGACAAACAACAACGACGUCGAGAUCGUCAUGCCGACGAACAACAACGACGUCGAGAUCGUCAUGCGACGAACAAAAACGACGUCGAGGGUGUCAUGCCGACGAACACAACAACAAGGUGACAGAGUCGCUCGAGAUUCUCGCGUCGACCGACAGCGACAAGGAGGCGCGCGUGCUCAACGACGUCGUCCCCGCGGGCGCCCUGCGGCCCUCGCAGGUCCUACAGCAUGAGCGACUCGGGGAUCGGUGGUUCGCCGAGCGGCCAAGUCACAACAGUCGCAGCAGGCACCGAGUCUCGCGCAACGGCGCAGCGCGCGUGAGGCGUCCGCGAUAGCUGCGCGAAGGCGUCCGGCGAGACAACGCCCGACACGGACGCGGGGAGGAGACGCCGACGGCAUGCGCGGAGAGUGAAAGCGACGCGCGGGUUGCCGUGGAGAUGGCGAGGUCACCCGCCGUCGCGCUCGGGCGCAGCGGGAGCUGCGGGUCGGGGAUGCCGCGCACGGCGGGUCUUCGGAGGACGAGUGGUACGACGCGGGACCGACGCCCAUCGCCCCGGCGAUGCUUCCCAGCAUCAACGGCAUGACGGAGAGCGCGAUGACGGUCACCAACGAGUUUCCGGCGGACGGAAGCGGAAGCCAGGAGGAAUUUCGGCCCGCGACGGAAUUCUUCAAUGAUCCAAAUGCCUUUGAGUAUUUAGAGGGCAGAGGCGCACAUAUGAAACCUAGUGCGCUGGCACGACAGUCUCUCUACCAAAUGUUUGAUCCGAUGCUUGGAACUCCCAGCCCACCAGCCCAGCGGACCGCUGCUGCGGCACCUACUAUUAUCAAAGAGCAACCAGAGAGCUCAAACCCAAACGAUGAGACGUUUGCGUUGAUGGGCACACCACCUUUGUCGGCGCGCCCCGCUCCCAUGUCCACAGAAACACCGCCCGGGUUAUCACGGUGUAUCCUGGACCAGACUAACAUGCUCGAUGCCAGCAUAAACCCUGCGGGAGGCCUUCCUCAACAGUUAAAUACACUGGUGCUGAUCCCACAAGCACAGAAUGGUCCCAACGAGAUUGUGCAGAUACUGCAGUACUCGGAGCAGGACGCGGAGAACAUGAUCAGUCGGAAUAACCUCGAGUGGACGAACAAGAUGUUUGUGCAGCGCGGCGAGUGGGAGAAGAAGACGAAGGUGCUCGAGCGUGAGAUGCACGAGCUGCACAACACGCACCAGCGGAAGCUGCAGGAGAACGUCGACAUGAAGGGCGUUGUGUCAGAGUACGAGACAACAAUAUCCCAAUUGAUCGCGGAAAAGGAACACAACAAAUGCGAGGCUACGGAGAACAACUCUGAGCUGGUGGCAGAGAGAGACCAGGUGCUUGAGGACAUGCAGAAUGUCGAGAAGGCCUUCAGUGACCUUCACCGGCGAUAUGAGAAGGCCAAGGGCGUUGUGGAAGCCUUGAGAAAGAAUGAAGACACGCUAAAGUGUAUGGUAGAGGAGUACCAAGCCAAGUUGAAAAAGCAAGAGCAUAGGUACCAAGAACUCAAAAACAAGGCAGAGGAAAAACUAGAAAGCGCUGUGAUGGAAAUAGAGACGAUAAAGAGGAACAAUGCGUCUGAGCUAGUUGCGUUGCGUGCCGGCCUGAAGCGGGCGGACAUGAAGGUCGCUAACCUAGAUAGAAUCUGCGAGCAAAAGACAAAGGAAAACCAGGAAUUGACAAACAUCUGUGACGAACUCAUUGCUAAAGUGACUCGGUAGAAAGCAGACACGUUCACAACGCAUCCAAGUGACGACUACAUCCUAGGCUUAGUGGUGGCAAGCGUGUGGCGACGUCUGUGGUUGACUGCAGUAGAGUGACAGCACGGCUAGCGUGGGAUCUCAACAUGCUUAUAGUCCUGCGCUUUCGGCUUCUCUGUGUGUGAAAGAGCGAUCGACAUUUCCAGCUUGUCGUUCCAUAGAUAGUUGAAGAUGGUGCCCUGCCACCCACGGAUAUCUGCGUUGUGCAUCUGACAAGGAUCGCCCAGUUAACUCACUUCUCCAAUCGAUGAACUCGACUGCAAUGACUCGGUGUGCUACGCGCAAUCUCACGAGGCGUGGAUUGAAGUCGAUUAUUUUCCAAGUAUGCGAAUGUGAUAGUUAUCCAGUUAUCCUGCCUACAUUUGCCCUGCCCUGGGGCUUUCUACGCAUUAUCGCACAGAGUGUAGUUCGUAAUGUGAUAUUGACAUGGAUAAUGUUAACUUUUCGCUUAAUUGGAAGGUCUUUCUGUUGGAUGCUAUACUACUAGGUGAACUGACAGUCACUGACAGGUCAACUUGCUGUGUAGAAAUGAGUUGCUACUAAAUAAUAUAUGUAUAUACAUAUAUAUGUUGCAUAAAGGGCUUGAUCUCGAUAAGCCCGUCGUUGAAUAACUGUAAAUUUAGCUACACUGUAAUAUACUCAUUUCUGGCAGCCUACUGUAGAAGUCGGUCCUCAACUUGGUAACUGGUAGACUGCGAUGAUUCACUGUUGGCUGUCAAAGUGCACGUGUUCACACACAAAGCUGCCAACCUACCAUAAUCGAAUUCGUUUCUGUGCCUAAACACGGUAUAAGAAGUACGAUGCUCCAUAGUGAUUUAUUUGUCGUUCAGCCAGCUUCGAUGACUUGUUAGUUCAUCAUUAGUUUCGGAUUUUGCAAUGUUUAGUGCUGCAAUUGAUAUGUGAAUUGACGGUAACUACAUUGUGGAGAUUCUUAGUAAUUUAAAAUGCUGACAGGCUGAUAUCUCAUCAGGUGAUCUUAUCAGGCAGAUAUGAGGGGAUAUCUUAUCAGGCAGAUAUGAGGGGGUAUCUUAUGCGAACUCUGUAUACUAACAUAUUAUCAAUAGUUCAUAAUCUCUAUUAUGAGCUCUUGCUAUUAUCAACCAAACUAAUCGAGCGUGCGCCUGUAUAUGUAAAUUAAAACGAAUUUGUGCUCAGCGUUCAUAUUUAAAGUUUGUAUAUCAGCCUUCUUAUAUACGCAUAAUAACUAUUGUUCUGCAUUGAUUUUUUUUUGCAUGUAAUUUAGUGGAGAUUUUUGCACUGAUUGCAUUUUGCUCAGAGUAAGAAUACAGGGACUCUGUCUUCCUGUUAUAUGUUAAGGAGCAAGUAGGCUGGUUACCUUUUGUUCGGACUUUUGUACAGCUACCUAAUUAGCUCAGACUGUGUCUCAUUAGCCAUUGUAAAGUUGAUUGCACUUUUAGUGCAAUCGGAGUGCUGUGAGAUACAAGAGGUGAGCAACUUUUCUUGUACACUUUGUAUUUGUAUGAUAAACUGCCUUCUAUCUAUAUAGACUUCUCUGAACUAUCAACAUCUUCAUGUCCGCCCUAAAAUAAAUAUAGGUAGAGUUAAGAUACAGCGAAGACAUUCAUGCAAUUAUAAGGAAGUUUUGCCGUGUUUAUGCAGUUUUUGAAUAUACAGCAUAUUGUGAAUUAGAGCUAGUGUUACAUCUAGCAGUUACAUUUUCAAACAUCAGUGUCCAAAAUGUUUCUAUGCUGAUACCAUUUAAUCAUUUUGCUAAAAAGAAAACGGCUCUUUUCAGUGGAACUGUGUAAACACCUAUCAGGUGUGUGUACACAUUUAAGAUGAUGUAUUGGUUCUUUGGGUGUUCAAUUGUAGCUUUACUAGUUGAAUAAAAUUAUUAAUGCCGUAUGUCAAUCUACAUUUGAAA